CGUAAACCAAAAUUUAGAAUGACAGAACUUAGGUUUACCCCCUAGGGUGAACCUUUAAAUUCACCCCACCCUUUAAAACCAAUCAAAUUUCUACGUAGAUUAUUAAUUAAAAAAUAUUAAAUUAAACAAUAAAUAGUUAUAAAAAAUAAAAAUGCUAAUUUUAACGACGCUAACGCUUCCAGCGAAAUCCUAAACCCUAAAUUUUAAAUUCUAAACCCUAUACCCUAAAUUCGAAACCCAAAUCCAAACCCCUAAACCCAAACCCUAUACCCUAAACCCUAAUCCUAGACCCUAAACCCAAACCUUAUACCCUAAACCCUAAUCCUAGACCCUAAACCCAAACCCUAUACCCUAAACUCUAAUCCUAGACCCUAAACCCAAAUUAUAUACCUUAAACCCAAAAAAUAGACUAUAAACCUAAACCCUAUACCCUAAACCCAAGUCUUAGACCCUAAACCGUAAACCUUAACCCAAACCCUAUAGCAUCUAAGUUUGGGGUUUGGGUUUAGGGUUUACCUCUUGGGUUUUAGGUCUAGGAUUUGGAUUUAGGGUAUAGGUUUUGGGUUUAUGAUUUACGGUUUGGGUUUAGGAUUUACCGUUUGGACUUAUGGUUAAAGUUUUGGGUUUAGAGUAUAUAAUUUGGGUUUAGGGUCUAGAACUUGGGUUUAGGGUCUAGAACUUGGGUUUAGGGUAUAGAGUUUAGGUUUAUCGUCUAGUUUUUGGGUUUAGGGUAUAUAAUUUGGGUUUAGGGUCUAUGAUUAGGGUUUAGGGUAUAAGGUUUGGGUUUAGGGUUUAGAUUUGGGUUUAGAAUCUAGGAUAUAGGGUUUAGAAUUUAAGAUUUAGGGUUUAGGGUUUAGGUGGAAGCGUUAGCGUCGUUAAAAUUCGCGUUUUUAUUUUUUGUAGCUAUUUUUUGUUUAAUUUAAUAUUUUUUAAUUAAUAAUCUAUGUGGAAAUUUGAUUGGUUUGAAAGGAUGGGGUGAAUUUAAAGGUUCACCCUAGAGGGUGAACCUAAGUUCUGUCCAAUUUAGAAUAAUAAUGGAAUCAUUUGUAUACAUAAUACAUCAAGAAACUGUAGACACGAGGCGUCAGAUUAAUUGUCCAAAAGAAGAAUAUUCGGUUCUGGACUUCUCUUGUGGUCGGUUUGGCCUACUAGAAAAGGUUUACCUUAAGAAGACAUUGUCUCAAACCCAUUAAAAGACUUCAACUCUUUCUUCUACUAAUCAGUAAUCCUAUACAGUUUCCUUAAGUAAACCACAAUCCUAAUCCAAAGGUUUCAUUUUAAAAUUCGAUUUAUUCUCCUUAUAUAUUAUGUUUCUAACUUUAUGUUUACAUAAUUGCUAAGCGGUUUGGAGCAUUUCAAAAAGAUCAUCAAAAGGGAGAUUAUUUUGGUUCCUUGUGGUUUGUUUAUUAUUGUAUAUUAUAGUAAAUUUAGAGUAUAUAUACUCAUCCACACAAAAAGCUACUUUCCACGAAAUUGAUUCAGACCUAUAUUUAAAAGAGAGCUGAAAGUAGAAUAGUUUGUAGGUGAAAAGAAUAUGGCGGAACAGUUGUUGCUUCAUGGAACUCUUGAAGUAAAGAUAUACAGGAUCGAUAAGUUGCAUCAACGUGCAAGAUUCAAUUUACGUGGCAAGGGUGACAAGGAACCUACGACGGGGAAGAAGAUUCAAACCCAAAUCAAGAGACUAGCGGCCUCAUGCACAGAUCUACUAGGAGGACAUCUCUACGCAACCAUUGACCUAGACAGAUCAAGGGUGGCUCGUACCAUGAUGAGACGUCAUACUAAAUGGUUCCAAUCAUUCCAUAUCUACGCCGCACAUUCAAUCUCCAAAAUCAUAUUCACAAUCAAAGAGGACGAACCCAUCGGUGCAAAUUUGAUCGGCCGAGCUUAUUUACCUGCCACUGAAGUCAUCUCCGGACAGCCUGUAGACCGAUGGCUCGAUGUUUUGGACCAGAACAAGAGACCGAUCCAAGGAGGUUCGAAAAUCCAUGUACGCGUGAAGUUCACUAGCGUAACACAGGACGUAGAUUGGAACAAAGGAAUAAUAUCAUCACCGCCCUUUAAAGGAGUUCCUAACGCGUUUUUCAACCAAAGAGAAGGUUGCAAGGUUACGCUUUACCAAGACGCUCAUGUUCUUGGUGAGUACCCGGACAUUACUGUUGCGGGGGGACAAGCGAUUUACAUACAUCAUCGGUGUUGGGAAGAUAUUUUCGAUGCGAUAUGGGACGCAAAACAUUUGAUAUAUAUUACUGGCUGGUCCGUCUAUCCAGACAUAACAUUGAUAAGGGAUCCUAAACGGCCGAGACCAGGAGGGAACCUAAAGCUAGGGGAGUUGCUGAAGAAGAAAGCGGAAGAAAACGUGACCGUUCUGAUGCUUGUGUGGGACGAUAGAACGUCUAACGAAGCGUUUAAGAGAGACGGUUUGAUGAUGACACAUGAUCAAGAAACUUACGAUUACUUCAAGAACACGAAAGUGCGUUGCGUUCUCUGUCCGCGUAACCCUGAUAACGGUGAGAGCAUUGUUCAAGGGUUUGGUGUGGCUGCGAUGUUUACUCACCAUCAGAAAACCAUUGUGGUGGACGCUGAGGUGGAUGGUUUGAAAACGAAGAGAAGGAUAGUAAGUUUUCUUGGAGGUAUUGAUCUUUGUGAUGGGAGGUAUGAUACUGAAGAGCAUCCUUUGUUUGGUACUUUGAACAAUGUUCAUUCUAAUGACUUUCACCAGCCGAACUUUGAUGGCGCAUCGAUUAAAAAAGGCGGUCCACGUGAGCCUUGGCACGAUAUUCACUGUAGGCUGGAUGGUCCUGCGGCGUGGGAUGUUUUGUACAAUUUUGAACAGAGAUGGAUGAAACAAGGUAAUGGUAGAAGGUACCUAGUAUCGAUGGAACGGUUCUCAGAGAUCACAGUUCCGCCACUACCAAUAGUACAACCAGACGACGUCGAAGGUUGGACGGUUCAAGUUUUCCGGUCUAUAGAUAACGGUGCAGUUGAAGGGUUCCCAGAGGAUCCACGUGAAGCUUCGAGCGUAGGACUUGUUACCGGAAAAAACAACGUCAUCGAAAGAAGCAUACAAGACGCUUACAUUAACGCCAUAAGGAGAGCCAAACACUUUAUCUACAUUGAGAGCCAAUACUUCCUAGGAAGCUCCUUUGGAUGGAACUCAAGAGACAUUAACUUAAACGAGAUCAACGCGUUACACCUCAUUCCCAAGGAGAUAUCUCUCAAAAUCGUGAGCAAGAUCGAGGCAGGUGAGAGGUUUUCAGUGUAUAUAGUGAUUCCUUUAUGGCCUGAAGGUAAACCGGGGUCUGCCUCGGUUCAAGCAAUACUAGACUGGCAAAGGAGAACGAUGGAGAUGAUGUAUACAGAUAUUAUCAUUGCUCUUCGGAAGAAAGGCUUAGAUGCAAAUCCUAGAGAUUACUUAACAUUCUUCUGCCUCGGGAACCGGGAAGUUAAUAAGGCCGGUGAGUAUUCGCCUCCAGAAAAACCAGACGCUAAUUCUGAUUAUGCAAGAGCUCAAGAAUCUCGUCGGUUCAUGAUCUAUGUCCACUCUAAAAUGAUGAUUGUUGAUGACGAGUACGUAAUAAUAGGAUCAGCAAAUAUCAACCAAAGGUCUAUGGAUGGAGGUAGAGACUCAGAGAUCGCAAUGGGAGCAUACCAGCCUAACCAUCUGCUAGCUACCAAUCAAUUGAGGCCGAGGGGCCAAGUUUUCAGCUUUAGGAUAUCACUAUGGCUUGAACAUCUACGGAUUGUAACCAAUACGUUCCAGUUUCCCGAAAGCGAAGAAUGUAUAAGAAUGGUUAAUGCAAAGGCAGACGAGCUAUGGGGACUAUACUCAGCACAAGUGUACCCUCGGGAUCACGAUCUACCGGGCCAUUUGCUUAGUUAUCCGAUUAGCAUUGGUAGCAACGGGGAAGUAACAAGUCUUGCGGGCGCUGAGUUCUUUCCUGAUACUAACGCAAAGGUUUUAGGCGAAAAAACUAAUUUUCUCCCUCCAAUCCUAACUACUUAGAUGCUGUAACACUUGUGUCGCAUAUUAACAGAAUGUGAAAUUUCGGUUUACAGUUAGUAAAUAUUGAUUAAUCAAGCAAUCUUGUGCAUUCUAUUAUGUUGUGUCCCAAAUAUAUGAAUUUCUAUUAAACCAUA